AUGGCCUCACCACAGCUUGCGAUAGCCAAGGUCUCCUUCUCGGCUGUCCUCCUCCGACCAGAUCCGACAUCAUGCACUCGCAGCGACAUCGACGAUUUCGUUCGCCAGCUCGACGCGACAAUCUCGCGAUGCUCCCCGCCCAAUGUUCAGAAAUGCAAGCAGUGGAUGUUGAGCAACCUGGCGCACUCCCCUGCCAGAGUCGCGGCCAUGGGGAAAUACCUGGUCGCACUGGCCAAUUCCUUCGUUGCGGACGUCACCUCUACUAGACAAUCUCGCGAGCCUUCGUCGAAGCGGAAACGAUUACACAUACUGUACAUAUUGAAUGAUGUAUUAUACCAUGCCCACGUCCGCGAUCGAGACCCUGGUUUCACGGUCAAGCUCGAGCCUGCCGUUGCAGACCUGGUACAGAGCGCAGCUGCCUUUUCGAACUGCCCAAGGCAUACGAAGAAAGUCCUGGACCUCCUUGACAUAUGGAAUGAGAACCGGCACUUCUCCCAAGACUUCAUCAGCAAAUUGCGUACGAUCGCCCAGGAGGCACCGCUGAGCCGCGAUGCGAUUUCCAAGGCCACCGGGCCCGCCAACGGCACGACGAGCACGAAAUACUCUAGGGGCACUCCUUUCAUCAUGCCGACAAUGCACGGUGAUGCCACCGCACCAUGGUACGAUCUUCCAGCGGCGAAUUGGUUGCCAGUCAUAGAGCCCAACUCUAUCCGCCCGAUGAACCCGGAUAUGAUCAGGCCUCUCCAGUUUGCGGCAGGUCCUGCAGAUAAGCAGCUCAUCAAAGCAGUGCAAAACCUGUUGGCCGAUGUGGACCGAAUCUACACGAAGGAGCAGAGCAUUGGCAACGAUCCCGCAGAGGAUGUUGAUCAGCUUGGACAGAGGAUCGUUCUAGACGAGAUUACUGGUGAUAUCGUCAGUGGUGAGACAUAUUACGGCUGGUCCCGAGCUUUCUGCGAGAGGAUGAAGCAACGCCGGAAGAAGAAGGAUGGGCCGGACAACGAGCGACGCGGGCGUAGCACGUCACGAUCAAUCUCACGAUCACGAUCGCGAUCUCGAAGUUCGACUCCGGGCUCAUCUCGCCCAGCGUUUAAGCGACGACGAAUGUCCACCUCUAGGACUCCGAGCAGAAGUAGGAGUAGGAGCAAUGGUAGAGACCGGCAGAGACGGAGAUCCUACAGCAGCUCGCGGUCACGAUCUCCCAUAAGAGCACCCCACCUGGACCGGGAACGAUCGAAAUCACGAGAAUAUAGUCCACCGCCACAGCCCGGGACGUACGUCGCCCGGUACAACAACGCCAUCAACAGGCCGCCACCACCGAACUAUCCCAACCCAGGUCCGCCGAUGCCCCAAUACCAACAGUCCAACUUCGUACCGCAAGCUUUCAACCAACCGCUAGCCUUUGCUCAAUUCGCCGUACCUCCUCCGCCUCCACCACACUACCAGGGACAAUGGCCUCCGCCGCCACCCCCGCCGCCCUCUGCUGGUGGUGCCCCUCCAACGUGGUUGCCGGGCCUCGCUGCCAUAGGAGGUGGCAAGGUGGUGAUGGCUUUCAAUAUGGAAGGGGUGGGCGAGGUUACUUCCGAGGUCAAGGGCAUCGCGGAGGGUGGAAUAGGGGACGAGGUGGCUGUCGCCGCCUUCAGCGUGGUUUUCCCCAUCCGAACCAGUUUCGUCGUCCGAAACGGGCUCGGCAUCAGUAUUGGGCUUUCCCAGUGGAUAGAUUUCUUUGCGAGAUGCCUCAUGUCGCAGGAACCAGCGUUCUGCCGAGGACUUCGCACCCUGCUUCGCCACUGA